AUGGACUGGGGUGUAACAUUACACCAACAUGGGCCGUACCAGGGUUUGCCUGAGUACGAGCCACAGUUGCUGGCAGCCAGGGAUGGCCAAAGGGUGUCACUUGUAGCGACUGUUGAGGUCCGUGACACACAGUCAGGCAACGGACAUCUGUGCAGAGGCAUUCUGACAGGUCAGCGAUUCCGCUUGGUUGCUGAAGUUCCCCUAGGAGUUCACAAGGUGACAGUGCUGGGUGGGCAGGUGAUGCAUCUCAGAGGCCCGAUGGUUAAGGUGGAUGACCUAGCCAGGAUCCUUCAUCACCGGGAAAAGGAGAUUGGGAACAUCUUUGAACUGAUCGAAACAUGCUCAGGACUUGGAGCCCUAGGCCUUGGGGCACAGCAAGCCGGAUGGACCACCAAGGUACAUAACGAGCUGAUGAAGUCUUUCAGUGACCAUUUGCAGAAGUUUGGACAGGUGCCCACCAUCCAUGGAGACAUCUGCAAGCUCCGUACAGUGGCUGCAAUUCAUGACAAGGCGCCCACUGCUGCAAGUAUGGCCUUUGGGUUCUCUUGUCAGCCCUUCUCACGCCUGGGCGACAAGAGAGAGGGGUUGGAUCAGCGGUCACAAUCGCUGCCUUUUGGGCUGUACGCUGCCUUCUUACUCCAAGUGGACCUGGUGGUCACAGAAUGUGUCCCUGAAGCAUCGCAGUCGCCUUUCGUGUUGAACUGCAUGCAGCACUACAUGCAAAUGACCAACAGCGAUCGAAGUGAAACAUUGCUGGAGCUUGCUGAUGUAUGGCCGUCCAGGCGAAGGAGGUGGUGGUCAGUCAUCCUCAAAAGUUUCAUGGGCAAAGUCAGGAUCCCGCCUUUCCCAAAACUUGCAGCAACGCCGACCAUUGCCAGCCUCAUCCCGGGCCUUUUGCCCAUGACCGAUCAAGAGAUCCAGGAACUUACAUUAUCCUCUGAGGAGCGCAUGAUGUUCGAGAGGUAUGGAAAAGGCCUGGGUGGACAUAUGGUCAACAUGACAGAGCCGUUGGCUACUGCGUUGCACAGCUGGGCCAAUCAAUGUGUGGAUUGUGCAUGUGGUUGCCGAGGUCCACUCUCAUGCAACAGACUGCAAGCGCAAGGGCUCUUUGAAGUUUUAGCACAUGAACCCAAAGAGAUGCAGGACCUGACACCCAGUCAGGACGAUGAUCUAGCCAGGUCCAUUGCUGACAUCGAGAAGAAGGUCCAGUCAGGACGCAAAGACCUAGAAGAAAAGAAAAGCGGAGUGACCCAAAAACAGCCAGCGAGCGGGCCGCAAGAACCCGACAAGAAGGACAUCAAACAGCCAGCGAGCGGGACGCCAGAACCCGACAAGACAGUGGUGAAACAGCCAGCGGGAGGGACGCAAGGACCCUCACAAGGGCUAGGCCCACACCUGUUGGGUCCAGCCGAGCCGAACGUCCCAAGCCAGUCGGUCUGUGUCCGGUCCUCUGUACAGCCUGAAUCCCAAGACGUCGGUGUCCCAAGCAAUGCACAGCCAACUCAGGUUUCGCACCCUCAUCAUCCCAUUGCAUUUGCCACGGGGGUAGGACCAAGUGUAGUGCCAGGAAGUCUCGGGGAAGGAGGUCACAUUGCUGGUCUCCCAACAAACGCCACACAGACUCAUGAUGAUGCAAGUGUAGAUCGAGCACACAAUGCCCGAGGUGCCACCAUGCAUCCAACGCCCCAACAGGUGCCAGAAGCUCACAGCCAGGCACAAGCAAAGUUGUGGGACCAGUCCACAGGUGCAAUUCAGGCCUUUGCUACUGCUCUUGCACCACCAUGUCCUGCUGCAAAGAAACCAGUAUCUCCGAUCCAACUUCCGCCUGAGGUCUGUUUUCCAGUAUCGGAUGUGCUGCAACCGGGACUGUUUGUCUAUGACGUUGACAACCAUCAGAUCUGUAAGCAUCAGCAUGCUUCGACGGCCACUGUUCAAGAUUGGAUCCAUGGUCUUCAUGAGUUAGGCAUCCAAUAUGCAUGCAUGUCAGAUCUCAUGGGACAACCGCUGAACCUGGAAUCUCAAUUGUCAGAAUUAAAGUGGAUCAUUGUCAGUAACCAGGCACUGCCGGCACAAGACAGACUGCUGCACGAUCGAGCUCAUGUCAUCACUGCGCUCCCACGGCAUGAAUCCAUUCUAUUGCAAGGAGGGGCAGUAGCAAGUGAUGAAAUGAUGUACUACAUGAGUGCUGUUGACUCAGUAGGUGUAGCUAAGUCUUGGCAGCCGUUGAUCAUCCACACAUUGACAGACUUGCACACUGAGGCCAUCGAGUGGCUGGGUGAUCUUGCCAGCUAUUCCUCCCAUCAUGAGUGCGGUAUGCAAACAGUGGCCACUGAGUGGUGGGCUGAGGUACCAAUUGAAGCAGUCGCCACAAUGUUGUGGGUGAAUCACCAUUGGAUUCCCAUUUGGUUGGUCCCUGGCACGAGCACGUAUGCUGUCACCACGACGGAGGAAGGAGCUGCCAUGUGGAAAUUGUUAUUCCCAACGUGGGAAGGUGCCAUCCAUGUGAGUCCAGCACUGCCAUCAGUUUUCCCAGAAGAUUGCGGUUUCCAGGCAUUUGCAUGGUUGAUCAGUCAAUGCACAUACACCCAAGGGUCAUCAUUGACACCAAGCGAAGCAGCAGGAUGGAGGCAAUUGUACUGGCAACAGGUCCUCAUCAAGCCGCCCAAACAUCUUGCACUGCAGUUGGGAGGACAUUCAGAACUUGAGACGGCACUGCAAGCACUGCUCCGUGAACAUGGAGUGUUUCCGGAUCGAGUUCAGGACAGAGCUACUCAGGUCUUGAGAUCAUUGUCUUCCAGCGCAGUGGCAGGGGCUUUCAAAUCGGCCAGACCUUGGCAACAUUUGAAGCAGCUUGCAUCAAAUCACACUCCAAUGCUGAGGUUGGUAUUGGAAGAUGAGCUCCAGUCCACCAUCAAGGCACGCACCAGGCAAAAAGGUUCGGUCAAAGCCAAAGGAGCCUCCAAGGGACGUCCAGUGCCCCCAGCGCACUUGCAUCCGCAAGACAUUAGCAUCCCACAUGGCAUUUUCAGGUUGGAAACAGGUGAACUGUUGCCACAACUGUCGGUAAAGCAAAUUGGCCAGAAUGCUAAAGGGGUAGUCGCGUUCACUGAAGAAGAGGUGCAGCCAUACCUCAAGCAUGCAGGCGGGGUAGGCCAAGGGUUGGGCUACUUGGUCCUAUCCCCGUAUUCAGAAGAGAUCGUAGCCUCAGGGGAGGUCCACCGUUUUCCAGUUCAGAGCAAAAUCACAGGUGAGCCAGUCUUAAUCUCGGCAGUUCUGCUUCAGCAAGGACAGACAAAGGUAGUGCGCAAUGUUCCUCAGCAGGCACCAGCGAUCGACCAGAUCGCCACACAAACAAUUAAGAUGCUGGUGUACAGGGACCAAACCACUGACUGGGACGAGGUUAUCAGACAGCCGGUCAAGUAUAUCAUCAGCAAGAUUGAGGAGCUUCAGCACUGCAGAGACCCGAACUGCCAGUGCCACAGGUGGCACCCGACGGAGCUGUCAGACACUCCGAUACUAGAUCUGUGGCAGAGGGAUUAUUUGACAGUUCACUUCCAAAAGUCCAAGCCAGCAGAAUCCCAGUUGUUUGCGGUAGCCAUGCGAGUGCCCGUCCAGGUGUUCCAAGCAUUGUUUCGCAGGUCAGGCCAAGAUGGGAUCUACACUGAGCCACGCACAGAGGAUGGGCGAGGACAAGACCCGGCCUUCCAUACAAUUUGGAUUCCGCGCAAGCCUUUCAGUGAAGUCGCAGCCCUGCAGUCUAUGCAAGACACAUCAGUCUCCCUGGUCAGAGUUGGUGCCCGCUACGGUUUCAAAGUCCCAGAGGCAGAAGCUGCGGCCGUUCAUGAGAGGGUCAACCCAGGGGAUCCGUACAUUGCUGGGCCACAUCGAACGGUCUAUCAUGUGGGACCGUUCCCAUGGGGGACCACGAAGAAAGCAAUUCAGCAGCUUUUCACACAAUGGGGAUGGGUGGCCAAAGCAAUUCACUCGGCAGCCAAGGCCAAAGACUCCAGCGGACUGAUGUGGUUGGUGCAUGCUUCGGCACCCCCAGGACAUCUGGUAUAUCAACUCCAACAUGGAGAUGUCAUCAUCCAUCAGAAGCCUCCAAGCAACAAAGAGGUAUGGAGACCACCCCAGGCUCAGGCAUCCUCCAAGGAGAUCCGCGCACAUGCCCAGGAUGAUGUUUUCAUAAAUGACCCGUGGGCUGCAUCCGCAAAGCAACUGACGCGCUCGAGUGAAGCUGCCUCCACAAGCUGGACUUCCCUCGAAGCCACCAUUGAUCAGAAAAUCGCCCAGAAGCUCGAGCAUCAAAGCAUUGACAGGGAUGAAAGCAUGCAGCCGACCAUGGAGCCACGUUUGCAGGCGUUGGAACAACAAGUGGCCCAGCUCCAACAGAGGUCAGUCCAGUUGGAUGGAAAGGUCGACUUCCUUCAUCAACAGGUCGAGCGCCAGACCAAACAGUUCGAAUCAUCCCUUGAUUCCAAACUGUCUGAACAAAUGCAUCGCAUAGAGAUGCUCAUGACCAAGCGGCCGCGUUCUCAGGAAUGA